AUGGAUCAAGCGUCGGAACCUAAUACGCCAGUCGAAGCACUGAAGAUGCUUCCGAACAACACACACAAGAACUGGAUAAAGGAUCGCGGGUUGCGGAAGCUGAAUUUGGGGAUCGCGUUCAUGUUCACUUCGUCCGCUGGGACAGGAUAUAACGGAAGUCUCAUCAAUGGAUUGCUCGUGCUACCUGAAUUCUCGACGGUCAUAGGAGGCCUCGAGCCGAGUAUCGUCGGCCUCAUGAUCGCUGCCACUUCCCUAGGGGCUCUCAUUUCAUUCACACCAGCAUCAUACAUGGCGGACAAAUUUGGCAGGAAGUGGUGUGUCGGUAUUGGAUCUUUGAUCGUGAUUAUCGCCUCUGUCUUUCAAGUCGUGGUCUCAACCCACUGGGCGUUUUUCGCUCUUCGAGUGAUGGCUGGCGCAGGAGUCGGUACAGCCCAAACAGCUGCACCGCUGUUGGCGACCGAGAUCGCGCAUCCUCGUCAGAGGCAAGUAGCCACCGCAUUAUACAACACCUGCUGGUGUGUGGGCUCGAUCACGUCGGCCGCUUUCACAUUUGCCACACUGUCUGUGGCUAGUAGCUGGUCAUGGAAAAUCCCGUGUCUGCUCCAGGCAUUUUAUCCCACGGCUCAGCUAGUGGGUCUCCUUAUUGUUCCUGAGAGUCCCCGCUGGCUCGUAUCCAAAAAUCGGAAGAAGGAGGCUCUGAAAAUACUUGCGCGUUUCCAUGCAAAUGGCAAUGAAGACGACGAGUUGGUUCAGAGUGAGUUCAAAACGAUCUGCUGCAGUAUCAAUGCAGAGACCAGCGAGCCUCAAAAAUGGAGCUCGUUCUUCUCGUCCAAGGGAAACCGGCAUCGUCUGGCAAUCUGCAUUAUUGUUGGACUCAUGCAAGAAUGGGCUGGGAACGGCAUCGUUUCCUUUUAUCUGGCACCGAUUCUAUCCUCGGUCGGAAUCACUCGUGCGUCAGAUCAAGCAACAAUCAAUAUAGGCAUGCAGGUCUGGAAUUUGAUCCUUUCUUCGGCUGGAGCAGUCGCCUCUGAGCGAUAUGGCAGGCGUAUUCUGUGGCUACUGGCGACAUCGGGAAUGCUACUGUUCCUAUCAGUCACGACUCUUGUCGCUGGUCUCUUCGCAGAGCUAUACAUCAAAGCUGCAGGCUUGGCUGUGGUUCCGAUGCUUUUUCUCUUCUUCGCCUGUUUCGAUCUCGCGUACUCGCCCUUGUUUAUUUCGUACCCGGCGGAAAUUCUACCCUUCCAGCUUCGGGCGAAGGGUAUAGCUGUCACUCUAUCGGUUGAUGCUAUUGCAUGCUUCUUCAACCAAUACGUCAACCCGGUCGCAUUCUCAGCUAUCCAUUGGAAGUACUACUUUGUGUAUGUGGGCUGUCUGAUCUUCUUCCUGGCUUCUGUCUAUUUCCUGUUCCCAGAGACAAAAGGACGGUCUCUGGAGGAGGGUGCACGCAUUUUUGACCGUGGGAAUAUCCAGGCUAUAGAGAGCGAGGAUGCCAGCACGAGCACAGAUGAGAAGGAAAAUGGUGAAUAUGGCAAGAAAGUGUAA